AUGUUUAAACCAUCCUUUAGUCUUUUAAAAGAUGUUGUUAAGAUUACUGCGCGUGGAAGAAAGGGUUCCAACCCCGGAAAGCCUCUUUUGCCACCGCUUCAGCUGUUCAGACGGAUCCUCAGAGAGCACCGGAAUCUACCUGCUGCACAGAGAGAAUUGGGGGAUCAGUAUGUGAAAAAUGAGUUCAAGCUUCACAAGGACACCAGUAAUCCACUACACAUUGUCGGGUUUCUUGCCUCGUGGCAAGACUACUUGCAUAUCAUAACGCAAGGGCAGUGGCAGGAGGCCACGCUUUCCGCCGAAGUGCUCGACAAAAUGUCGCCCGAUCAAGUGACUCAAUUGUACGAGCUGAUGAAAGAGGCUGAGUCUCUGCGUCAGUCAGAAAAGGUAAUCUAA